GUCAGUGUCAUAAGUUUCCUGAUUCAGUAAUCAGUUGAAGUUCGUGAUAUCGACAACGCUGUAUUCUGCAAAAAUAUUGCAAUUGUUUUAAAGUGAUUAUUAAUUGAAAAUGCCUCGACGAGGACGUUCUGCUAGCCCACCACCGGCGCCUCAGCGAAGAGCUGCGCCACCACCAAGUCAUGUUCCAGCUCAUGCUCCUCCAUCGACACCCGCUCCUGUUGUCGCUCAGCCUCAGCAGCCUUCUUUGUUUGGCCAAAUGGCAGCCACCGCUGGAGGUGUUGCUGUAGGAUCUGCAGUGGGACACGUGGCUGGUAGUGCUUUAACUGGUAUGUUUAGUGGAGGUAGCAGCAGUGAGCCAGCACAGCAGCAAGCUGCACCUGCUCCUGCCCAGGCUAAUUACGGCCAACAACAGCAACCGCAGGGCCCUUGCGCUUGGGAAAUUAAGCAAUUCAUUGAAUGUGCUCAACAGCAACAUGAUCUGUCCCUUUGUGAAGGGUUCAAUGAGGCUCUGCGUCAAUGCAAAAUCACCAAUCGUAUUUAAUUGAAUACUUAGGUGCCUCAAAGAAAAAUCUUUGAAAAAACACAUAAUGAUUUUUGGUUUUCAUAAUUCUCUUGCCCGGUUUUAUAAAAGCUGGGUCAAAUCAUAUACCUGUCAUAAAGUCUACCUCAAGUUUAAGAUGUUCCAUUUUAAUAAUAAUUCGAGGCACCUACCUAGUAAUUAUUAUAAUAUGUAAUUUUUGUUAGAGUAACAAUAACAAUUUUUAUUAUUUAUAGUAAAUUUUAGUCAUUAUAUUUUUAAUAAAUUGACAAUGUAGAUUGCGGAGUAUCUGUCCCCUUUAUUAUUUUAAUAUUGUUAGUUACUUUUAAAUUAUAAAUAAAAUAGAGUAGAAAACA